UCGCCGGCCGGAACCCCCCGGGCGGCAAACGGGGGGUUCGCGGGGGGCUCUCCCCGCCAUGGCCUUCACCUUCGCUGCCUUCUGCUACAUGCUGUCGCUGGUCCUCUGCGCCGCCCUCAUCUUCUUCGCCAUCUGGCAUAUAAUCGCCUUUGAUGAACUUCGGACAGACUUCAAAAGCCCAAUAGAUCAGUGCAACCCAGUCCAUGCUAGAGAGCGACUGAGAAAUAUUGAGCGUAUUUGCUUUCUCCUACGAAAGCUGGUGUUGCCGGAGUACUCUAUCCAUAGUCUUUUCUGCAUAAUGUUUCUGUGUGCUCAGGAGUGGCUCACGCUGGGUUUAAAUGUUCCUUUGCUUUUUUAUCACUUCUGGAGGUAUUUCCGUUGCCCAGCAGAUAGUUCAGAACUAGCAUAUGACCCACCUGCUGUCAUGAAUGCGGAUACCUUGAGUUACUGUCAAAAAGAGGCCUGGUGUAAGCUAGCUUUCUAUCUUCUUUCCUUCUUCUACUAUCUGUACUGCAUGAUCUACACUUUGGUGAGCUCUUAACUGGAAGACCAUCAAUAAAGACUAAAAACAACAAAGGAGGUGCACGGAUAAGUGAGCCAAGUGAAACAUGAUUUAAAAAAAAAACAAAAAACACAACAAAAAAAAGGCAAAGAGAGGAAAACUUUGAACCCAAGAAGUAAAUAGAGUAUGUGAGAGACCUAGCAAGAAGAAGAAUACCAUGGGAGAAUGGCUGAGUUAACUGUGUUUCUCUCCUGUUUCUCAUUCUACUGCAGUAAAAACUUCCAAAACCUAAACAAAACAAGAAAAUGCAACAAGGUGGGCCAAGUUACACAGCUAUUCACCUCUCUGGGGAUAAUGCUGGUUGGUUGAGUGGACUCAUUAUAAACUGUAGUCCCUACUGUCUUCCAGGGAGCAAGGUUUCUUUUCUUAAUUACUGUUCUGGACUGAGGAAGCAGAGGGCAUGAUCAUCUUACAGGGAAAGAAGAGCUACACAACACAUUCUGAAAAUGAGAACUGACUGGAGUUCA